UUGGUCCAGUGAAGCGUUAAGGUUGUAAACCUCAGGGUGUGUGUCUGAGUGUGGUGUAGUGCCUAGUAACUGUGUGUGAAGGAGGAAAAGUUAGUGUAUGUGUUAUGUGUGUGUGAGUGAGUGUGUUUAAUGAGCUGAAGAUAUACUGGGGAAGUAGGAGUAUAACUUCAGUUCCCAGAGGUCCGGGCUGGAGUAAAGGUGUGGCGGUCUCAGCAUACCGUCUAUUCUAUUUACAGGCACGUACAGCCUCAGUGUGUUCAAUAAGAAAGUUCAUCCAGACUAAAGGAGAGGGAAGAAGAUUGUAGAUAUGGCAAUUCAGAUGAAAGCUUUAUUGCUGGGUGCUGCAAUGGCAGCCGUAGGUUGUACAACCAUCAUCGCUUUGGUUCUUUCUCUUGCUAAUCAUCAGACUUUGGAUCAGCCAUACUCAACACAGUAUGGGAUUGUGUUUGAUGCCGGCUCCACUCACACGGCCCUUUUCCUGUACCAGUGGCUGGGGAGCAAAGAGAACAACACUGGAAUAGUCUCUCAGAAACAGAGCUGCGAUGUGGAUGGUGAUGGCAUAUCCAGCUAUGUCCAGAAACCUCCGGCAGCUGGAGAAAGUCUUAAGAAAUGCUUGAAUGUUGCCAAGGCAGCAAUACCAGAAGGACAGCAGAAAACUACUCCUGUGUACCUUGGUGCCACUGCUGGCAUGCGGCUUCUUAGCUUACAGAACAAAAGUCUAGCAGACAGCAUCCUCGUAGAGGUCACAAAAACAAUCCAAAGUUAUCCAUUUGAUUUCCGAGGGGCCAGAAUACUCUCUGGUAUGGAGGAGGGGGCUUAUGGCUGGAUCACCAUCAACUAUCUCUUGGAGAGUUUAAUUAAGCACACAUUUGAGGGCCAAUGGAUUCACCCUAAAGCAGGAAAGAUCAUUGGAGCUCUAGAUCUCGGUGGCUCAUCAACACAAAUCUCCUUCACCCCAAAAGACCCAGUGAAAAACCCAGCUUCAGCUUUUAAUCUCCAGCUCUACGGUUACAAGUAUGAGGUGUACACACAGAGCUACUUGUGCUACGGCAAGGACCAGGCUUUGAGGAAACUUCAGGUCUACCUUCACAAGAAUGCUGGAUCAUCAUCUGUUAUCAGUCAUCCAUGCUACCAUGUUGGAUAUAACAUUAAUGUUACUUUGGAUGACCUCUACAACUCCCCUUGUGUGGACAAACCAAACAAUUUUAACCCCACAGCUACAAUCCUUUUCUCAGGAACGGGUAAUUCAUCCCUCUGUCUUUCUGUAAUGGAGAAAAUUAUUAACUUCACCGACUGUGGAUUUUCAUCAGAAUGUGGCUUCAAUGGUGCCUAUCAGCCUCAGGUCAAUGGCGAAUUCUUUGCUUUUUCUGCAUACUUUUACACCUUUGACUUCCUUGGACUUGUCCCAAAAGCUCCACUAACCCGUGUUCUUUCCACUAUUGAUACUCACUGCAACAAAACCUGGACCACUCUUACUGCUGAAAAUCCAACCAUCAAGGCAAAAUACCUAAAAGAUUAUUGUGCUUCUGCUCAUUAUAUUAUGACUAUUCUCCUGAAAGGAUACAAAUUCAGUAACACCUGGGAUCAAAUCUCUUUUGAGAAACAGGUAGCAGACACAGAUGUUGGCUGGACAUUGGGCUACAUGCUGAACCUGACCAACAUGAUUCCUUCUGAACGUACCAGAGCUGUGACAGGGGUGCCGCACAGUCAAUGGGCAGCUCAGAUUUUCUUCAUCGUAUUUGCCCUCUUCCUCAGUCUGCUUAUUGUAGUCAUCCUGUUUGUCUGUGAUCUAAGCCACUUAGUUGUGUCAUGAGUGUGUGUAUAUGUUAUUAUUUAUUGCUUAUAUUUGAGACAACAGAUAUGAAGAUUGAUAAGCAGCAACACUUUUGACUACUGUUUGAUUUGAGCUAUGAUCUGAGAUGAGUCCUCACAAACAAGGAAAUAAUCUAUGCAUUUUGACAUUAUGAUGACAAAAUGAGAUGGGAUGUUCUUUGUUUUUAUAACAUUCUACACCAUUUCUAGCAAAAUGUAGCUUUUUGUGAGUAAUUUAAGUAGUGUCUUGUUUUGAAGGCUGACUAGUACCUCAAUGAUUUAGUCUGGGCUAACUAAUAAUUCAUGAAACUGAGUUACAGAGAUUUUUCAUUCAUUCAUAAACACUUGAAUUGUAAGAGUAUAGUUUGUUUUAUUUGUUUGUAUUCAUUUUCAUUUCCACUCAGCACUUAAAGCACUUAACAGACAUUAAAUAAAUGUAUAAUUAUA